GUUUCCGCAGUUUGGCCGAAUGGGGCUCAGUUCGAAUGAUGGAAAUCGAGCUGAGAGCCAAAGCAAAAUACCUGCGAACCAUCAUCAAGGCAACCGGAUUAUGGUACCCACAAGUCAACACCAACACUACAACCACUUUCAAAGUGGAUAGAAGACAUCACUUGAUCUCAUUGGCGUCCAUGCUGGGUCCAUCCCCCGAUUGGGUGGUCGGAAUUAACAGCUUGAAUCUUUGCCUGAAGAACUGCAGUUGGGUGCCGGAAUUGAACAUCGAUCUGUUCCCGUACGAUGCUGGAACUGAUAAUGGCAUCAGCUAUAUGUCGCCAAACGCGGAAACGAAUCCACGCGAGCUGAUCUCUCGCAUCACCACCACCUACCCCGAAGACCCCCGAGCGCCCUUUUACGACCCCUCUAAAGCCGAAAUGCCACCCUUAGCCAGACUGUACCUGAAGAGGGAGAAAGUGAUUCCCAAACAAUGCGACGAAAGUUUCCUGAAUGCCCAGUUGGAUGUGAGCGAAAACUCCGAGGAUACAAGCAGAGCUGAAUGCGCUGUUACUGAGUACACAGCGUGGAGCGAUUGCUCAGUGACAUGCGGCAAAGGGCUCAGAAUGCGGACCAGAGAGUAUCGCAUGCCUCAGAAGGCGCAAAUGUUCGAAUGCAAGCGCCAGCUCCUGUCCAAGGAAAUGUGCGUGGCUGCUGUGGCCGAAUGCGCAGAAGGCCAACCAGAGAACGCCUCAGCAGAGGACGAAGUCCCUCUGGAAUCUUUGGAUGCUGGGCCUGGCAGCGUGUGCUCAACCAGCCCUUGGGGCCCCUGGUCUUCCUGCUCAGAGUCAUGCGGCGUCGGCUUCAAAAUGCGCAAUCGCUUCUUUGUGGACAACAUGGGAAUGAAAAAGUGCCCUCAUGUUACAACCGUUGAGAAGGAGAAAUGCAUGGGGCCACCAUGCACGGGGGUACAAACUGUCGAAGUGAAGGACCAGAUGUGUCCCACCACCGAUUGGAGCGAUUGGAGCCCCUGCAGCGCCUCCUGUGGAAAGGGAGUGAAGUUCCGCCAGCGGCUGCUCCUGGUGCUGCCUGAGCUGCAGGAGAAGUGCCAGAGUAGAAUCGAACUGAUCCAGCAAGCCCCGUGCAUAGAUACGCCCGAUUGUACCUUUGAUAUGGCGACAGCCAAAGUGGUAUGUAUGCAGAGCAGUCAACAUGGGCCUUGCAAUGGUUACUACGGCCGAUGGCACUUUGAUGCCAGCGCGUUGACUUGCGUCCAGUUCGUCUAUGGAGGCUGCAGAGGCAACCAGAACAAUUUCCUCACGUUUGAGGAAUGUCUCAACACCUGCGCUGUUGUGAAGGAUGCUCUAUCGGGGAAUGUUUCGGCUGCCCAGGCGCAGCCUCAAAGCAAGGCAACUGCUCAGAAGGCGCGCUCAGAGGCAACCGAUCACGGCGACUGUGUGGUGUCUCCUUGGAGCGCUUGGAGUCAGUGCAGUGUCAGCUGCGGAAUUGGGUUUGAGGAGCGGUUUCGAAUGGUGAAGCGACCAGCGCAGAAACGAGGCAAAACUUGCCCGAGCAAUCUGCGCAAGAGGAGGCGCUGCUAUGGGCCAACACCGUGUUUCUGAUUUMMAAAUAUUUUUUUUAGUUGUGGGUUUAGUAGAUUGGGUUUUAAUUUAGUUGAUGGGUUUGCCUGCWGUUURAAUKUUUAAAUUUUUCCAUUACACCAGAAAACGUU